UCUGAGGUGGGGAGGGAGAAGAAAGAGGAGCGUAGGGAAAAGGAGAAAAGGCAAACAACGGAAACCGGGAGGACGGCGAAGCAAUUGCCUGAAUUUAAAUUAAAAGAAGAAAAUAUUUGCAGAGUGGAAAGAAGAAGAAACCAAGAUGAUAACGCCCUACUUCCUAGAGAAUUUCUGGGGUGAAAAAAACAAUGGAUUUGAUGUUCUCUACCAUAACAUGAAGCAUGGCCAAAUCUCCUCCAAGGAACUUGCUGAGUUCAUCAGAGAAAGGGCUACCAUAGAAGAGGUCUAUGCCAGGUCAAUGACCAAACUUGCCAAGUCAGCUGGCAACUUCUCUCAGCUUGGGACAUUUGCCCCGGUGUGGGAUGUGUUUAAGACGUCCACAGAGAAGCUGGCCAGCUGCCACCUGGAGUUAGUGAGGAAGCUACAGGAGCUCAUCAAAGAUGUGCAGAAGUAUGUGGAUGACCAGGCCAAGGUCCACAAAAAGACGAAGGAGGAAGUGGCAUCCACUAAUGGGGCAGUACAGACCAUCCAGACGACCGGGGUGGCCUUACAGAAGUCCAAGGAGAACUACAACGCCAAAACUGUGGAGCAGGAGAGACUCCGCAAGGAGGGAGCCACACAGAGAGAAGUGGACAAGGCGGGAGUGAAGGCCAAGAAAGCCACAGAAGCCUACAAGGGCCUUGUGGAGAAAUACGCCACAGCCAAGUCCGAGUUUGAACAGAAGAUGGCUGAAACUGCACAGAAAUUUCAGGACAUCGAGGAGAGCCACAUCGUUCACAUGAAGGAUAUCAUUCAGUCGUACGCACAAUCUGUUGACGAGACACACGUUCAGAUCGGAGAGGUCCAUACAGAGUUUUUGGGGAACAUGGAGAACACCUCUGUGGAGGGUUUGAUACAGAAACUGGCUGAGAGUAAAGGAACGGGCAAAGAGAGACCAGGUCCUAUUGAGUUUGAGGAGUGCAACACUGCCAUCGCCACUGAAGGAGCCAAACCCAAAAAGAGAAAAACAUUUGCGAUCCCGGGCCGCCGGAAAGACAACAAGGACACAGACUCCACGGAGUCGACAGAAGUUGAAGCUGCUAAUAAUGCCAACGGAGCUCCUCCUGGGUACUAUGGCACCAUAGACUUCCAGAACGCUAAUGUUCCUACGGUUGAUGAAGAUGGCUUCUGUAUCAGACCGGAAGACCGCAACGAAAAUGAUGCCAAAGAGAACUCGUUCUAUUCAUCGAGUGACUCGGAGGACGAGGAUGAACCCAGGAAGUUCCGCGUGGAGAUCAAGCCGGUGGCGCCCAACAACGGGACGCACCAGAGCCGAGCCACCAUCGACGAACUCAAGGCCUCCAUCGGAAACAUCAGCCUGUCGCCACCAACCUCGGGUCAAAUGCGAAGGAACCAAUCCAGCGAUGAGUUGGGAAAGACCAGGAUUCCAGCAUCUUUCAACGAUAGGCCUGCUUUCAAUAAUGACCUUCUCUCUCUGGAUCCGUUUGGCCCCACCCUGGGAGGCUCCUCCUCAUCAACAGCUGAGGUGAGAUUACAGCGGGAGCUUUCCUCUCCCCCACUGGCAGACAGCCUGCGGACCAAAGGAGAGGUCACCCCUCUCCCUCCCAUCGCCUCCACCACAACUAAUACCUUCUCUCCAUGGGAGGCCUCACUGGACGACCCCUUCCUGGCUCUGAAGCCCAUCCCAGCCCGGGCCCAGAGUGCCCCCAUCACCCGGCGGGCUGAGCCCUUAGACCCCCAGGGUCCAACCCCAACCCCCCCAGCCCCAGCCGGGCUCCCUCAGGGAGAGGACCAGUCAGCCUUCUCCUGGUCCCAGAGCCAGUGGAUAGCCUUCAACGACGACUUUGUGCCACUCCGACGCCAACAGAGUUGCAGUCCUGGUACGGGUACAGGCCCAGUCAGCCGUGACCGGACCCAGUCAAACCCCGCUACCAGCAGGACCCAGUCUAACCCUCCUAUUGGCAGGGUCCAGUCUGGCCGGUCCAUCCUUUUCUUCUCUGAGGACCCCGCUGACCCCUAUAACAAGAUGCCGCUGAGCAGUGGGGUUGUGGAGGACAGCGCCUCCUGUGUCUCGGAGGUCUUAUCAGCACUGACAGAGGGGAUGGUAGCCUCAGCAGCAGCAGCAGCAGCUAGCCAAACACACAACGUGCCUGCCCUGGCCAGACCAACUACUCCUCUAUCUGGAGCCCUGGUGCCUCCUCCACGACCCUCCUCCAGACCCAAACUACACACAGGAAAACUCACAGGAAUCAAUGAAAUUGUGCGGCCGUUCAGCCCGCCUAAGACGUUGUCCAACGCCAGUCCUCCUCUGGCUGCUCCCCUCGCCCGGGCAGAGAGCUCCUCCUCCCUGUCCUCCACCGCCUCCCUCAGUGCCUCCAACACACCCACCGUGGGGACGUCUCGUGGUCCCAGCCCGGUGACCCUGGCAUCCCAGGAUGCCUUGCCCAUCGCUGUGGCCUUCACAGAGUCUGUUAAUGCCUACUUCAAAGGAGCUGAUCCCACUAAGUGCAUAGUAAAGAUCACGGGUGACAUGACCCUGUCCUUCCCCAUGGGUAUCAUCAAGGUGUUCACCAGUAACCCCUCCCCUGCCGUGCUCACCUUCAAACUGAAGAGCACGUCCAAGCUGGAGCAGAUCCUUCCAAACCAGACACUACUGUUCAGUGAUCCCUCGCAAAGUGACGCUAAUACCAAGGACUUUUGGUUCAACAUGCAAGCUCUCACAUCCUACCUCAGGAAAGCAUCAGAGCAGAACCCUGCUGCGUCCUACUACAACGUGGACAUCCUCAAAUACCAGGUGUCCUCUAAUGGGAUCCAGUCCACCCCUCUGAACCUGGCAGUGUACUGGAAGUGUACCCCCACCACCACUGACCUGAGGCUGGACUACCGUUACAACCCAGAGUCCAUGCUCUGCCCCGGCCCUCUUUCCAACGUACAGGUCCUAGUGCCCGUAGACGGAGGGGUCAUCAACAUGCAGUCCCUGCCCAAUGCUGUCUGGAACUCGGAGCUGAAUAAGUCUCUAUGGAAGCUGAGUGAUAUCUCAGAGAAGUCUGAUAACGAAGGCUCGGGGUCUCUGAGGGCUAAGUUUGAGCUGUCGGACGGCCCGUCCACCCCAACCACCCUGGCUGUGCAGUUUAUGAGCGAGGGGAGCACGCUGUCGGGGGUGGACAUGGAGCUGCUGGGAGCCGGGUACAGACUGUCCCUCAAUAAGAAGAGGUUUGCCACAGGUCGUUACAUGGCAGACUGUUGAGUAGGCACACCGGCCUUUACCCCCAAGCACAACGGCUCUAUUGAAAGUUUAUUUUCAAUCUUUUUGUGUUUUUUGUCCUAUUUAUGGAAAGGGAGGGUUAGAGGGGAGAGGUGCAGCGAAUACAGUUUGGAAACGGUCUUUAUAUUAUGUCCCCGGGAAGAGAGGAGAGCUUCUUACUACAGUAAAGCAGCACUGAGUAUUGAACACUGUUAAAAAAAAAAUUAAAAAAUUAAAAACCUUGGGCUGUCAGGAAAUGUAAAGG